GCCUGCAGAGUGCGUGGGCGCUGAAGCCGGGACGUGCUGACGUGUCACCCGGAAGUGGGGCUGGCGCAGGGCCGCCAUGUUGCAGCAGGACAGUAAUGAUGACACUGAAGAUGUUUCACUGUUUGAUGCAGAGGAGGAGACAACAAACCGAUCCAAAAAAUCCAAAAUCAGACACCCAGUGGCAUCAUUUUUCCAUUUAUUCUUUCGAGUCAGUGCGAUUGUGGUUUAUCUGCUCUGUGAAUUGUUCAGCACCAGCUUUAUUGCCUGUAUGGUGACGAUUAUUUUAUUAUUGUCAUGUGACUUCUGGGCAGUGAAGAAUGUCACCGGCAGACUGAUGGUUGGCCUGCGCUGGUGGAACCAUGUCGAUGAAGAUGGAAAGAGCCAUUGGGUAUUCGAGGCUAGAAAGGCCUCCUCUCCAGAGAGCAAAACUGUUUCAGAAGCUGAAUCCAGAAUUUUUUGGUUAGGACUCAUUACGUGCCCUGUGCUGUGGGUGAUAUUUGCUUUCAGUGCUCUCUUCUCCUUCAGAAUCAAAUGGCUGGCAGUGGUUAUCAUGGGUGUGGUGCUACAAGGUGCCAACCUGUAUGGCUACAUCAGGUGUAAAGUAGGCAACAAAAAGAAUUUAACCAGUAUGGCUACCUCUUAUCUUGGAAAGCAGUUUUUAAGACAAAACCUGGAAGAGGAGCAAACUUCCUAAAGAAGAGAAGCUUAGUUGCCUUGUUACUGGGGAACAACGGAAAUGAUUCUUGGCUCAUGGAACCUUUUAGAGCUUCGUACCUGUAGCAAAGAGUAGUUUUGGGUUUGCUUUUUCACAUAUGAUUUUUAUUUAAAACAAAAAACAGUAGCAUUCCUGGUAAGUUUUUCUUUCCUCUGUAGAAGUUGAGGAUUGUACCACAAGAAACGUGUCAGCAUCUACUUCCUGGUGUGCUUGUGCACACACACGUGGUCUUAUGAUGUCCACACUUCCCAUAUGAAUGUGAGUGUUGGUGCGAUAGGCACGUGGACUGGAGACUUUUGCGUUUUGAUUCAUAUUUGUAGAAGGACGUUCUUAGUCUAAAAGCUCUCUGAGUAUUAUUUCUCUUGAGCUUAAGAAGAAAGAAACACUUGCAUGGAAAAUAAUCACUUUAGUGUGACUGUAUGUUAGAAAUCGUUCUCAUCCUAAAUGUACAUGAGAAAGUAAAAGUCAAAUUUGGGCCAGUUGUGUUGACUAGAGCUCCUAAAAUUCUACUUUUAUUUGUAAUAUGUCCUGAAGGCCCAGUUCAUAUCAUUGGAAUUGUCAGAGCUGUAUUUACAGGAAAUGGGAGGGAUUGGUGGAAGGCUAGCCACAUUUUCCGUAGGAAUGUUUUAGAAGCUCUUCAGUGGUACUUGGCUAAAUUAAA